AUAGGAUUUGACCUGCAAAAAGGAAAUUCUGAAGAGAAAAAAGUGAAAGAAGAAGAAGAAGAAGAAAGAAACGAAGGAAAGAGAACCCAAAAGAGAAGACAGAAUGGAGCUCACUCCCCAACAUGGUUUCUUGGAGGAGUUGCUUCAUCAUCAUCAGGCUCCCCUUAGAAGAGAAAGCUGGCCAACUUUUCCUCUUGCUGCAGCUGCGCCUACUUCUUCUUCUUCGUCUUCUAGUACUACUACUGCUUCUUCUACUGAUAACCUCUUCCCCAAUGGCUGCUGGAGCUUUGAUUCUUUUGAUAACCAUCACCACCCUUCAGCAUUGCCUUCCAUGGCUGCCUCCAUUCCUCCUCCACCUCUUCUUCCUCCAUUUCUUCCCUUUGACUGCAGUUUCAUUGACCAACAAGCUAAUUACCCAUUUUGUCCUGAUGCUGGGUUCAGCAUUGACCAGAAUUCACCAUCUCCACUAAUCCAACCAAACAUAGUUGAUGAAGAAGAGCAGGUUGGGGAACUUUUCAGCACCCAGCAGAAUGUGGAAGAGGAAGUAGAUGAGGAGAUGGCAAUGAGGUACUGCAAACCAGAGGAAGCUGCUGGGGAGAAUGGUGAUAUUGGUCAUCUCCAACCUUCUAUGGCUAUUGGGUUUUGUGGACAGAAGAAGGGUAAGUCUAAGAGAGUAGAAGGGCAGCCUUCCAAGAAUUUAAUGGCUGAGAGGAGGAGAAGGAAGAGACUCAAUGACAGGCUUUCAAUGUUGAGAUCAAUUGUUCCAAAGAUCAGCAAGAUGGACAGAACUUCAAUCCUUGGAGACACAAUUGACUAUGUGAAGGAACUUCUUGAGAGUAUCAACAGAUUGCAACAAGAAGAAGUAAAAGUAGAAGAAGAGGGUGAGAAUGGAGUGAAGCAAGUGAAGUUGAUCACCAACUUGAUUGAAUCCAGACCAAGUGAAGCACUUGUCAGAAACUCCCCCAAAUUUAGUGUAGAGAGGAGAGAAGCCGAGACCCGGAUCAAUGUAUGCUGUGCACCAAAGCCAGGACUGCUGCUUUCAACCGUGAACACCAUUGACGCAUUAGGCCUUGAGAUUCAGCAGUGUGUGAUUAGCUGCUUCAAUGAUUUCUCAAUGCAGGCUUCUUGCUCAGAGGGUGAUGAGCACAGGUCAGUGAUGAGUUCUGAAGAUAUAAAGCAGGCCUUGUUUAGAACUGCUGGCUAUGGAGGGAGAUGCUUGUGAAUGGGAAAAUGGAGGGGGGAAAACUGAAAAGCUGAGAGACAGAGAAUAGUCCAAAAAUGUCUGGUCACUAUCAGAGAUUCUGCAGGAAAAAAAAUGGACCAUUUUGCUAUGUUUGUGGUAGCUCUCGUGGGAGUGAUAAUGGACCAUUUUGUUUUUAGUUUUCUAACCCAACUUAAUCUCUUCAAUCAAUGUGUUGUGAUUGAGGUUAAGUUGAGCUUGGUUUAGUUUGCUAUCUUGCUUAACUAAUAAACAAAAGGUAGCAUAAAGUGGUCUGAGGAUCAUCUCUAUGGAUAGUUUAGCAGCAGAAGAUGUGGGCAAGAAUGUUCUUUGACUAAGGAAAAGAUGAUUGCAGAUCUAAUAAAUUCAAUCUCUUUUCUUUCCCCUGGAAAGGUUAAACAACUGAUUGCUGAAAUGUCUCACAUGACACAACAGUCCAUAAACCACAUCAAUAAUUGCCCAGUUUUGGAAUCUUGAAUAAUGGUGGGUGACAUUCUUUUUUAGCAUUUCUUUCUUCGGUUG